AUGUCUCACACGCAAGUUAACCCACCAGAAGCCGGUGUCUACACACCCAUUCCAACAUUCUUCAAAAAGGAUCAGGUGACUAUCGAUUACGAGACUCAGGUCAGACAUGCCAAGUUUUUAAAGGAGAAUGGUAUCAAGGGUGCUGUGAUUAUGGGAAGUACAGGUGAGGCAGCUCACUUGACAAGGGUCGAGCGUGCCUCGAUCAUUUCGGCUAUCCAUAAGGGAGUUCCAGGCUUUACCAUCAUUGGUGGUAGUUCGCAGAACUCCAUCGAGGACACUUUAGAUGAGAUCGACUCCAUCAAGGCAGCCGGUGCAUCAUAUGCUCUUGUUCUUUGCUCCUCUUACUACGGAGCGGGAAUCUCCCAGCAGGGAAUGAUUGACUUCUACACUGCUGUCGCUGACAAGUCUCCACUUCCAGUCAUGAUCUAUGUGUACCCAGGUGUUUCGAACGGCCUCGUUGUUGAGCCAGAGACAGUCGUCAAGCUUUCUUCACAUCCAAACAUUGUUGGUUGCAAGUUGUCGUACGGUGACGUUUCUCACCACACCUUGAUAGCCUCGAAUCCUAAGGUCAAGAAGAGCAAUUUCCACUUGUUCACGGGUUUAGGACAGAUCUUGUUACCUGUGCUUAUGGUUGGUGGAAAGGGAACUGUUGAUGCCCUUUCUGGCGCUUUCCCUAAGCUUUAUGUCAAGAUCUUCGAUCUUGUUCAGAAAAAGCAGUAUGAAGAGGCUGCCAAAUAUCAGUACAUUGCAUCAAGAGGUGAAGAGCUCGUUGUGAAGUUUGGAGUUGUUGGUAUAAAGAAGCUAGUUCACUCUCAGGGCUUUGGCGAGACAUAUCUUUGUAGGAUUCCUCUUAAUUACGACGUUGAUGAAGCUCGUUGGGCAGAGUUGUCUGACAACUUCAAUGACUGCGUUGCCUGUGAGAAGUCAUUAUAA